AUGGCGACCGCCGCAAAGCCCACGAAGAAUCAGCUCCGGCGAGCCAAAAAGAAAGCCCAAAAGCACCAGGUGCGUCUCGAUCUGUCUUCAUCUGUAGCACAGUCUAAUCAGGCGCAGGGGACCAACGAGCAGAGUCGCGAACAGACCGCGGAACCCACCAUCAAAGCCGAAUCAGAGGAACCUACAGCAACACAGACACCCAAAGAGCAGGAGGACAAGGUCAAGUCGGAACCGGACAGUCGCGAUGGCAACCCCCUCUCAGACCCCCUCAUCGUCGAUGAGGACAAUCCGCUUUACAACAUGUACAAGGACGUUCUGGGGAAAUUCGAGGAUCCGGACAAGGAGGAUCCUGCAUUGAAGGAGCCAGAGAAACCCGAAGUCUACUACGACGAUGACGAUGACAUUCCCGACGAAGAAGAAGAACAAAACGCAGCGCCCAAGAUCUCCAAGAAGAAACGGAAACAGAUGACGAAGCUUUCAGUAGCCGAACUGAAAGCGCUGGUGAAAAAGCCCGAGAUGGUGGAAUGGAACGACACUUCUGCAGCGGACCCGAAAUUGCUGGUCCACAUCAAAUCGUACCAUAACGUUGUUCCUGUACCCUCUCACUGGUCGCUGAAGAGGGAAUAUCUGUCCUCCAAGCGAGGCAUUGAAAAGCCACCCUUUGCACUUCCCAAGUUCAUCCAAGAGACCGGCAUUGCGGAGAUGCGGGAUGCGGCUCUGGAGAAGCAGGAUCAGGCCAGUCUGAAGCAGAAACAGCGUGAACGUGUACAGGGCAAGCUGGGCAAGCUUGACAUCGACUACCAGAAACUUUACGAGGCAUUUUUCCGUUUUCAGACUAAGCCGGAACUGACCAGGUAUGGCGAGGUGUAUUAUGAGGGCAAAGAGUUUGAGACGAACCUGCGCCAUCUGCGGCCUGGAGAGCUUUCGGAUGAACUAAAGGAGGCACUGAACAUGCCGCCCGGUGCCCCUCCGCCAUGGCUCAUCAACAUGCAAAGAUACGGCCCACCUCCAUCGUAUCCUGCACUCAAAGUUCCCGGUGUUAAUGCCCCCCCACCACCAGGUGCGAGCUGGGGGUUCGCGCCCGGGCAGUGGGGCAAGCCACCUGUGGAUGAAGCGACCAAUAGACCUUUAUAUGGUGGCGAUAUUUUCGGUGUGCUGCAGCCUCAACAGAAUACUCAACAGGGCGAGCCUGUCGAAAAAGAACUCUGGGGCGAGCUGCAAGAACAAGAAGAAGAGGAAGAAGAGGAAGACGACGAGGAUGAAGAAGAAGAGGAAGACGAGGAGGAGGGCGGUGCCGGUAUCGAGACUUCAACAGGCUUGGAGACUCCUAGCGGCAUGACCUCUGCUGUGCCCACCGAGAUCGGGGGUACCGAGACAGUUUCGGAAUUCGACCUUCGCAAACGCCGCGGCACAGAAACCGAAGAAUCUUCACAUCCUCGGUCCGCUUACCAGGUCAUUCCGGAACGUCAAACCCGAGUCGAAGGUUUCUUUGGCGGAGAUCACGUUUACGAUCUCAAAGCAGCGCAACAAAAUAACAUUCCGGUUCUUGGACAAGAAGAAUCUCGGAAGCGCAAGAAACCUGGUGACGUGGAUGUUUCGAUGGAUCCAGAUGCGCUGGCCGCACGGGAUGGCAUGGACAAGGAAGAUAUUCGGCGGGCAUAUGAGCAACAACGCAAGGCCGAGCAGAACCCUCAGUGGGACUUCCAGGAAGAUUUGUCUGAAAUGAUUGCUACGGAGUCAAGGAAGAGGCAGAAACGUGAUGAGGAGAGGAGGAAUAAGCGGUGA